GUGGGCCGAUUUCACUUAACGUGGGAAAUGCCUUGUUGAAGGGAAAUAUUAGAUUCAAAUGAGGAUCAACCACAAAACUUUCACCUUCAACCUAAAAUAUCACCUCUCUUUAUUUACCUGUAAAAUUGGACCACGUUGUCCAGUUAUGGAUUAGAAAGGCGCCAGUCUGUUACAAAUCAUGACCUCUGAUGGCCACCAAAGAUGCACUUGCACUCCUACUGGGCAUAGAUCCUGCCAGAAUAUUAGGAAGCUCUACUGGUACUUUUAUAACUGAUGAUAAAGUUAAAACCAAUCAGAUUUUUUUCCUGUGCUCACUUCUAUUGUAAAAGAAAGCUUGGUUUGUUCACUCAUUAGACAGUUACUGCCUACUUAUGCCACAUAUUCUGUUAAAGUCUCAAGAUGUUAAGGUGAAUUAUCCAUGGCCCUGCCCUUCAGGGCUUCACAGUCAGGAAAAGAAGCUGAAAAAACCAUCGGACAUGUUCAAAGUCUCGGACAAAAUCCAGCCCCGAGGCUCUGACGAUGACCCACAUCAGUGGGUUUGCCCAUUAGACUCUGCCAUCUGUCCCCACAGGAGACAAUUGCUACAGCUCCUUUCCACUGGCCGCUUUCGGUUUGAAUGACCUUGGCGAUGGCCUGAAAUCCUGAGCUUGGAAGGGUGUUUGAGAGUUACUGGCCUGCACUUAGGCGCUUCAAAUAGAAAUUCACAGACCUCUAAUUAUCUCCUCUUACCAGGCUGCCUAAAUGACUGACGACCGACUCUUUAGUCACUCCAAGAAUGGAUUUCUACUUAGCCUGUGCCCGCCUGCCCGGGAUCCAUUAGGAUGCCCAGAACACGUGUGACGGCUCCAGGCCGGCACAGGGCAAUUCACCAAAGCCAAGCCAUUUGCAAAAUGCCUCAACUUCCUGCUCAUUUCUGAGGCAGAACGUUGUCACACCUUAACCUCAGGAAGCUCAUCUGCAGAAUAAUUCCCCCACCCCCACCGGAGCCGCUGGUGUCAGAUUCCCGCUUCCCCCACCCUGCUUUUUGCAAACAUAAGCACUGAGCUGAAACAACAGCUAUGACUCAGUUCCUAGCUAACGCUGCCUGAAUUGAUUUAGUCUGAGUUCAGAUUUAGCACAUAAUCAUGUUCAAUUUGCUCCACUGCACUGCCUAGAGAUAAAAGGCUGGGGGGGAAAAAAAUAGCUCCCGCUUGUGUCAGUCUUAGUGAUGAUGUCAUAGCCAUCAGUGAGCCGGCCGCUCUUACUCUGCCGCGCUGCCUGAGACGCGGCGGGCUGCUUGCGUGCCGCGGAGGGGGCUCAGGUGCUCAGCUCGGCCAUCCCCAGGGCAGGGCAGUGCCCGGCCCGGCCCAGUCACAUCCAUCUGGAGGCUCUCCCCGGCCGGCACGACUCGGAGGCUGCCCAGCUCUUUCUUGUCAAUUCAGGAGGGGGAAUGCCAGCCCCUAGCAUGGACUGUGAUGCUUCCACUCUGGUUGCCUGCGUGGUGGAUGUGGAGGUCUUUACCAACCAGGAGGUUAAGGAAAAAUUUGAGGGCCUAUUCCGGACUUAUGACGACUGUGUGACGUUCCAGCUGUUUAAGAGCUUCAGACGUGUCCGAAUAAACUUCAGCAAUCCCAAAUCUGCAGCCCGAGCCAGGAUAGAGCUGCAUGAAACCCAGUUCAGGGGGAAAAAAUUAAAACUCUACUUUGCACAGGUUCAGACUCCAGAGACAGACGGAGACAAACUGCAUUUGGCCCCACCACAGCCUGCCAAACAGUUCCUCAUCUCACCCCCCGCCUCUCCUCCCGUCGGCUGGCAGCCCAUCAGCGAUGCCACGCCGGUCCUUAACUACGACCUCCUCUAUGCCGUGGCCAAACUAGGACCAGGAGAGAAGUACGAGCUCCACGCAGGGACGGAGUCCACCCCGAGUGUCGUCGUGCACGUGUGUGACAGUGACAUCGAGGAGGAAGAGGAUCCAAAGACGUCCCCCAAGCCAAAAAUCAUCCAGACCCGGCGUCCCGGCCCGCCGCCCUCCGUGUCCAACUGAGCCCCUGGCUCCACCUCGACGAUAAUAUCCGUCUCCUCUUUAUCAUGCUUCCCCCCUGCCCCCCAACGUUGUUUGUUUGUCAGAAAAAAAAAAUAAUUGCCUUUAAAUCCCUGGGUGUUUGGUUGUUUGAGAUUUCCUUCCUUGUAAUCAAGCCUCUCGGACAAAAGGGCUAGGAAAAGGUGACAUGUUUCCUGACCAUAUCAUACCCAUCCAGUAUCAUCCAUUAUUUAGAAGAUUCUAGGAAAAAAAAAAAAAAAAGUAGUAUUUUCUUAUGAAAUGAUCAGCACAGCCUAUACCCUCAUGCUCUCCUGUGGCUCCAAGCCAGAGACAUCGGUGACAAAUAGCACCUGUGUUGUCUGUGAGCCGUCCCAGUUCAAGUCCUGAUGUGUGUGCAUUGUUUUUUUCCUGGCCACUUAAUACGUAGGACCAUAAGUAAACUUGACUUUGACUGCAUGAGAUGUCCCUAUCUGGUCUCACCCAGCCCUCUGCACCCGACAUUCCCAGGACAUGCAUGAUCACCAGCAUUUAUUUUCAUGAUUGGAGGGUGUUACUCUAAGUCACAGGUUGUCAGCGUCCAGCCGUGUCCUAUCUAGAUUAGGAAAUUUAUCAGCUUCCUCCAGCGACACAAGGCUGGGUACGGUCACUCUUUUGAGUCAAAGACUUCUUCGCUCUGUUAAAAUUCCUGGAGGCAAAACUGAGCUUGGCCCCAGAGAGACCCCUCCAUAGAUUUUGAACAUGACCUCCCACGUAGAACUUCCCCAGCCUCAUUGGGGAGGCUUGUCCAGGGUGAUAGAGACCGAUUUCGGACAAAUCUAUUUAUUACAAAAGUUUCAUGGUGUCUGAACGAUUGGUUUCUUUUUUUUUUUUUUUUCCUCUUUGUAUAUUUGUACAAAUGGUUCAGCUGUGCUUUUAAUAAUCUGGAUUUUUUUAUUUAGUAACUGUUCAGCCGUUAGCUGCUUCAAGCAUACCUGCAUUGCUUAUGAAUGCGUUCAUAUACGAAUACAGGUAAUCUGAUAAUAUUACACACUAUUAUGGAUGAUGCUGAAUUUUGAAAGAUAGCAAAGAUGUCGGCUAAUCAUCUAUAUUUUGGCAUGAGAAGUUCUGUUUAUCAUGAGAAGUUCGGUUUAUCUUGAUAGCAAAGAUAAACCGAAGAUGAAAGUGUUUGUUGCAGACAGUUUAAAUGCAGCUAAGUCCACGGAGCAGCUGCUGAGCAUAAUCAAAAGGAAAGGUUGAUAAACGUUCACCCGGCUUGCUCACGCAAUGCCCAUAUUGCUCAAAAAUGUAUUUGUUUUCGUUAUAUGUGAUUUUUCUAUUUCUCUAGCCCGAAGUGCAUUACAGAAGAUACACCUAUAGAACCAUUACCUUCUGCUAUGUGUGCCAGGCCUCAUCUACUCCUGUACAUUAAUAACGAAUUGCUUUAGAUGCAAAUGCCAAUUAUGACGGAGUGGGGAAAUGCUUUUAUUCCCCAAGCCUCAGAAAAACACACAAGAACAAUAACACAGCCAAGCCAAUGGAAGGAUUGUUGUGGUUUUUGACUAAGGUGUAUGUUAGUUUCAUCAGAAACUUAAAACAUUAGACUGAUCACUCAGUAAUUAAAGUCCGUUCUACUGUGAAUAUAGCAAUAUAGUACUGGACGCAGUACAGGUGAAACUGAGGACAGCGUUGCUUGUAAGAUCCUGAGUUUCCGUAAGAUAAACGAAGGCUCCUUUGAAAAAAAUAAAACCUGAGGAGUGUAUAAUAAGCAAAUGCUGUUGCCUUUCCUUUGCCGUGGAGGUUUCUGGUUUUUUCUUGAACAAAUGAAAGAUUAGCCUUACUAGUGAGGAAAGGCUGCUGUCUAGUGGAGGGAGCGGGGAACUACAGCUGGCAGCCAUCUGGGUCUGAAACUCCUCUCAAACUUCUCCGGGUCCUUUGACUUUGGAAGCAACUCACAAUUUUCAUUCGGCAGGUUCUAGAGAAAUCUGGGUGAGAGGAAACCAUUUAGAAAUGACUUCUCAAUGUUUUGCAAUGGAUACAGCAGAUGUUUCCAACCAAAUUGAGUUAAAAUUGAAUGACCAUUCUGUGUCUUCAAAAAAAUUAAAACUGCAUGGAGUGUAUGACCCGCAUGGUUAGUCUCGGUGACAUUUAUUACAAAGGGCCCAUGUGUUCAUCCAUCUCAGAUCAAGUAACUCGCAUGAGGUUGGGUUUGGGGAGGUGCGGAGAGGAGGCUAUCCCAGGAGAGGGGGAAGGAACAGAAGGGACUCCUUGGAGUGUUUCUGUGGACCCUGCAAGGACUGGAAAAGCACCUGCCUUGGUGGCUCUGGGACCCCCAAGUUGCAGACCUCUUUAGCACUAUUUUAAGUUGGAAAAGUUUAAAUAUGGAGGGGAAGAAGCAGAACACCACCCACUGAAUCAUUUUGUGCACGUGUACAGCUCAACUGCUUAGAUUUCAAAUACACCUGAUGAAUGAG